AUGGCGUCGUCAAGCAAGAUAAAAUCCUACAGCUUCACAAAUGAAGCUUAUGCUUUGGCGGUCUAUCAUACGCUCAAGCACUCGAAUUGCCAAGUGAGCGGAUUUCUCUUGGGAAGAGUUGAUGGUAUUUUUCGAGAUUUGUAAUUCUUUUCAACAUGGCCUCGCUCGUUGUAGAAGAUAUCCUGGCACGAUGUGACUCAAUACUAGUUACGACCAGCACAACAAGUAGUUCGCUCUUCAUCCUGUCAUGAAUGUAAUGAAACACCCAAAUUCGAAAAUCUAUUUCAUCACAGGUACUUCCGUCUCCUUCGAGCGAGCAGUUCCCUUUUCACACUCCCACGCCCUAGCGCCAACGCUCAAGCUUGCUUGCGUUGCGGCAGAAGCACUAGGCAAGUCAGAGGAUGGUAAACAACUUGAGCUCUUGGGCUACUAUUGUGGAAAUGAGUUAGCAGAUGCGAAAAAAGAGCUCAAGCCAAUUCAUAGAAAUGUGUUUGAGAGGUUUGUCCAGAAUAACCCGGCAGCAUCAGCGUGGCUCAUAGAUACCGAGAAACUAGACGAUGACGUGUUUGCCUUGAAAGGAUUUACGGCGAAGGAUAGAGCAGGUACUAUUUUUUGUAUUUGCAAUUACAAUUUUUUUAUAAUAAAUAGCCUAGUAAGUGUAAGUGUAAGAACAGGAACUACGUCAACUGACAUCAUCAAUGAUGAUAAUCGUGAAUCAACAAUUCCUCAAAAAUUGCACCUAUGGUAUAUUUUCUCCAGCACCUCAAAAAUUCCUCGAUUCCUCGCCUAGUAACCUCUCUCCCCUCAGGUGAGCUCGUCCCUAUCCCAGCCAGUAGCAUUAGACUUGGCGGGGCGAGUCUCGGAGGCGACAGACCUGGUCUUCUGAUGGAGGAGACUAAGAAUUUGGAGUACCUCCAAGUGAGCGACUUCGAUGACCAUCUCCAUGACCCUAGCAAGGAUUGGACAAAUGCGGAAUUACAUGGGAUAUUAGCGACGAAGAAUUGGGCUGGGGCGUAAGGGAGACUUCGUCGGCGGCACCAUAUACGCAACAUGAUUACUAUAUUACAACUAAACCUGUGUGUUACUCGUCCUCGAUAAGAUCCCCAACAUAACAUCGUCCAUGACCCUCGUGACCCCCAACAUAACAUCGUAAUGAAACGGGAAGAAGCAUUGCUACUCAACAAAAAUCCUAUUAAUGUUCUUACGCAUGUACUAGCAUUUGAUAUGCUGCAUUUUUUAUUUUUUCCUUUUUUGAUCAAAGUGUUCGUUUGGCGGCGUCUGGGGAACAUGUUCUUAGCGACGGAUGCUCGUGAU